UCUCAAAUCAAAGAUUGUCUUCAACCUCUUCAAGCAUAUGUCUCAUAUUUAAAGUCUCCUCAUUCCUUACUUGUGAUCUUUCCAAUCUUCUGUCCAUCAAAUUCUUUUCUUUCUAUCUCCUUCAUUCAAUCACUCAACUUUCUCAUCCCUCUAGCAAUUGUCAUAGUAGCAAAACAGUUCCUCCCCCCAAAAAACUUAUAUUGUCUUUAAUUUGUUUCUUCAAAGUCGGUAUCUAUAAACAAAAGUUCACCAAACCAUCCUCCAAAACCACCAGUCUAUAGACCCUAUGGAGGGAGAGAAUAACAUCAACAAUCUUCGUGUUGCCUCAUUUUCUUGUUACCUCAACACUCCAGAUGAAACUAUUCUCCGUAAGCUUACAGGUGCAAUUCAUCAAGAUCCUCAUUCAACACAAGAGCCCCCGUUUCGACCAAUAAGCUCAGGAAGAACUAAGACCUUAACCACAAAUCCAACUUCCAAUACCAAUCUCUUACACUCCAUGAAUAGUGAAGACAACUUCACUAAUCUUCGCGUCGCCUCUUUUUCUUCUUAUCUCAACACUACAGAAGACAACUUUGUGUUCAAAAUUCCUGGGGUUGUUCAUGAUCCUACUGCAAUAAUAUCAUCCCAAGAGACUCCAUGUCCAAUAGGGUUGGGAAGAACUAAAACCAAAGAGGGUGAAAUUAGUAUCUUUGGCGCUGAUAAGUACUUCAACAUGAAGAUGGAAUAUGACAGCAGGAAUAAGUAUGGUCAAAAGAAGGAGGGGUAUACAGAUCUGAACCAUUUGAAACCAAAUUUCAAGUUGGGCACUGUAAGUGUUAGUUCUGAAGGAAGCAGCUUAAACAGCCAAACAGCUUUGUUGUCAAAUCUCCAUAGAAACCCAUCUCAAUCAAAGGAAAAAAGGGUAUUUGGAAGGAAGUUCUUCAACAGUUUUGGUUGCAACGGGCGUUGUUCGGACAAGAAAGACGUUUACAUCAGUGUUGAACAUGGAAUACUUCAUGGAAGAAAACAGUCCCAACCAGGAUUGAAAACUGGAGAGCAGUUAGCAUUUCCGAUUCGCAGUCCCGUGAUGGAGAAUUCGACAGUGAAAAACCAGUUUAAAGAAGAUCAGAAUGAUGAGGAAGAGGAAGAUCAGCGAAGAUCAAUCGAGGUGUUUGGGUCCGAUACAAGGACAAAGAGGGACAUAGCAUCAAAUCUGGAGAGGAAACUGUCCGUGCUAACUUGGGAUGCCAUUCCAAAAGCACAGAACCUUCCAACAACCAGUUUUGGAAGUACCACUGUCUGUGAUGAUAUGGCCAGUGAUGCAAGUUCUGAUCUAUUCGAGAUCGAGAACAUCUCAGGCACCACUGUAUACCCAUUGUUAACAAGGCAGGCAUCAGACAGGUCCAGUUGUACGAGUCCCACGACUCAGUACGCACCUAGCGAGGCGAGCAUUCAGUGGAGCGUUGUCACAGCCAGUGCAGCAGAUUUCUCUGCUGCUUCUGAUUUUGAGAACGUUGAAAGGGAUACGGUCAAUAAAUCUGUGAGACCCCAAAAUAAUGUGGGCAAAGAUGGUGAAAAAGGACGUUCUGGAGGUUUACUGAGUUGUAGGAGCUACAAAGCAGUGAGAGUUGCUGAAACCGCAUAUAAGAUCACUGAGAAACCGAAACAAGAAGCACUGGAUUCAUCGUUUUCGUUUCGGAAAUUACAAGGUGAUCAGAUUAGGGUGAAAGAUGUUGAAUCCCCAAGGAUACUGAAUUCAUUGGAAUCAAGAGGACUGUUCCCAUAGCAGUUUGUUAGGACACUAAGCAUUAAGGGGCUGGUACAGCACUGGAGGGAAGUGUUUGAAAAUCAUUGUCAAGUUUUUGUGUUUCUUGUAAAUUUUACUUUAAUCUUCUCUCCUUAGGUGUGUGUAUUGUAAUCAAAUAAGAAGUUUACAAAGGUAUUUGUCCUUUAUAAUCAUAUAAUAUAACUUUCUCC